CAGGUUUUAUGUCGUCAUCAACUUACGCCACGAAAAGAACGCAUGGCUGGUGCACAAAUGGCUUCAAAGUCUAAACUGAAUUCUUUACACGGUCUUUUCGCGAUUUAUAAAAAACAAGGACCUACAUCGGCUGAUGUGUUAAACAUAUUAAAAUCAAAGCUAUUACAAGAGGCCGGUCUUAAACAAGAUAACCCACGGAAGAGAAAAAAACAAGCGCUGAAACUCGGCCACGGUGGGACGUUGGACAGUGCUGCUUCUGGUGUGCUAGUGGUUGGAAUUGGAAAUGGUACCAAGAUGCUCAGCUCUAUGCUCAAGGGGUCAAAGAAAUACACAGCCAUUGGGGAGCUAGGAAAAGCCACAGAUACUCUGGAUGCUACAGGGAGUGUCACACAAGAGAAAGCAUUUGAUCACAUUACCCGGGAGGAGUUUGAGGAGAAGCUGAAGAAGUUUACAGGUGAAAUCAUGCAGGUGCCUCCACUCUAUUCAGCUCUGAAGCAGGACGGCCAGCGGCUCUCUGUCCUGCUGAAAAAGGGCCAGAGGGUGGAGGCCAAGCCUGCACGCCCCGUCACUGUGUACAGCCUGUCCCUCCAGGACUUCACCCCCCCACUGUUCACUCUCCAUAUUGAGUGUGGAGGAGGGUUUUAUGUCCGGAGUCUGGUAGAUGACCUUGGCAGAGAGCUGGCAUCCUGCGCUCACGUGAAAGAGCUGGUUCGGACAAAGCAGGGCCAGUUCACUCUGGAGGACCACACCCUGCGGGAGGAGAGCUGGACCAUUGAUGACAUUGCCCGUUCUCUCCAGGUGUGUGAUGACCAGUCCAAGCCCUCAUCCGCGAUGGACACGCCUGCCCGUUCGGAGUCGCCGGGUGACUGCGGGGAUCAUGAAGAAGCACAGAGGAAGUCCUAACAUUUGUUCUCAUGUGAAAUGCCAGCAUUUUCCAGAAUUCCUGGCUUUCUGGGAUGUAAGGAGACAAUCUGUGGUCAGGUCCACCACAGUCUGACAGGGUCUGCAGGGGGAACACAUUUCACACAACCCCCCAUUUUGCAUAACCGCUGAAGCUAAAGCUGGUAUUGAUAAUGCAGCUUAGGAAUGCAGAGAACUCCAUGUGACAGAAUCACAGGGUUGAACUGAAAUAAGGCAGAACUGCACUGGUAUUUUUAUCCACUUGAAAGUUGUUACAUUAUUAUUAAUGAGUUGUAAGAGUUAUUAUUAAUCUGUUGUUCCAUUUGUGCUUCUAACACUUUGAGCUUGUUUCUAAUGGAGCUUCCCCAGGAAGUAUGCUCUGAUCUCGCCUCUAUUUUCCAUGUGCUGUGUGCAAUGAGGCCACAUGCAACAAAGCAGGCCAGUUCCAUUCACAUUCCAGCCUGAGUGUAUGAGAGCCAGUACAGUUCCGGUACAUUUGUACUGAAGAAUGAAGGUAAAAUGUUGCAAAUUCCGGCUUUGGUUUGGAAUAUUAACUUUUAAUUUAAUGAAAGAAUGGCCAGCUGAGUUAGACCUGAUGUGUCCCGCACAUUAUAUCACUCUCUGAACUUUCUCCUAAUUUACAGCAGAUUUAUUGAACUUUCUCCUAAUUUACAGCAGAUUUAUUGAAGCCCUGUCACAGCUGUAAUUUGUGGUGUCAUUCAAGUCACUGGAAGCCCUCUAGCCCUCUCAUUUUGCAUUAAAACAAGUAUAUGCUU